AUGCCACGUCCGAAAGUGCGUCCGGAAGAUCGACAACGAUCUAGCCACGCUUGCCAGACCUGUAAGGCCCUGAAAAUCCGGUGCGACUCACAACGUCCAUGUUCCUCGUGUAUGCGACGGGGACAAUCUCAGACAUGUGCUUAUACCGGAAUGGACCGUCGCAAACGGAAAACAUGUGACGCUGUACAGAAUACGCACAGCCGCGCCAUUGACGGGCGAGAUGGCUUCUCGCAGAGGGAUAGUGUUACCGCUGGAAAUGAUAAUACACCAUUCGAAUUAGAUGCUCUAGUAUCUGAGAUGGUCACACCCGAGUCAAGGACUGAUGAUACUCGUCGUCCCGAAACAUCUUUGCGUGAGCGGUUAUCUUUAGAGCCAGAGCAGUCAUCAAAAGUUGACGUGGGCGAGACCUCCGCUAUGUCGUUCUUACAUUUCCUCCGGAAAACUGUCAAGGCCUAUGUGGGUUCGGUGCCUUUUACGGAUGCGGAGCGACACCACAUCGUUAUCGACACCGAUUGUUGUUCUACAAUAGAGGCCGAUGAAAAUAUCGAGCCGAAGAGAAUACAUACAUGGAUAGAUUUUUACAAUGAAGCAACAAGCGGAAUUCUGGAUCUCUUCACAGCCCAUGAGGUAGAAACCUUACUAGCAGCACACAUCUCUUCGCGGCAGUCCGCAUCUAUUGCAGCUGUGAGGCGGGAGGACGUCGCAGCGAUAGGUGUUGCCCUAGCUAUUGGUGCCCAAGUUAGAGGAUCAGAUGGAGACUCCGAGAUAGCGAACGGGUACUUCCGUCGUGCACGGCAGGCAGCGUUCAACGACAUGCUGAUGGGCCAGAAUAUCGGAACAGUACGGCUUUUUUUGUUGAUGGCAUUUUAUAUGCUUGGCGCCUGUCAUCGCAAUGCCGCAUCGAUGUUUCUUGGGGUAGCUGCACGAGCAGCCAUAAUCCUGGAGCUCCAUACCUUUGAAGGUUACAGCAGUACGCUCUCUAAUGAAGAUUAUGAAAGCAGACGGAGGAUCUGGCAUAGCAUGCGUAAUCUUGAUAUUCUCAGCAGCUUUGUACUGUCCAGGCCGAGAAGCCUCCCCCUAGUGCCAAUUAUGCCGGACACGAAUGAGGAAGUAAACCUUCAGUCAGCAUUCUAUGCCGUUGGCAACGGAUGCACCUUGCUCAAUAACAUCGUCGACACACUCAGCAAGGGCGGACUUCUUGAUGUCCCCACGGCCGAGGGCCUGCUUUCCCAACUCCGGAAAUGGAGUAGCGGCCUACCCACAGGUCUCCGCCAGUUCCGGAGUGUUUCCCAUAGCUUACCAUUCCUAGAACCUGGAGAUCGACAGCGACUUGUUGGAAGCAUUCAUGUUUCUUGCCUAUACUAUUUUGCGGUAAUCCUCGUAACCCGGCCAUAUCUGAUUGCGUAUCUCACGUCGCGUCUUCGUGGAAAAGCACCGGACCAUUUGAUCAGUGACCCGGACGAGGCCUCUGAUGUCGCUAUAAAGAACAACAAAGUAUCGAAAUUGGCCCAGGUGUGCGUAAGUUCGUCCUUAUACAUGAUAGACAUGUGUCGGCGGGCAAAAUCGGCAGGGCUCGUUUUUCGAAACUUUUGCCUCCUCAAAGUUUGGAUCUUUGGCGCUGGCCUUAUCCUAGGCUUCUCCAAGUUUGCUGCAGAGCCACGCCGUGACAUUGAGAGUCUCUUCAACAGCAGCUUACAUCUUCUCGAUGAUAUUGGCCGCACUAGCCCGCAGGCCCAGCUUUAUCAUCAGAUCUUGACUAGCCUCAAUGAUGCAGUGGCAAAGUUCCGCAACCGUGUCGCGGGAGAGGUUUACCGCACGGUUCAGGACUAUAUGGACCAGAUCCUAAUGAUAGACCCAAACAUGGACGGAGAUACUACUGCGCGCUCCAAGGAUAGUGAGGAUUCGUACACUGGCUGGAGCGAUGAUUGGCUGGCGGGUGCAAUACGGGGUGUUGAGACAGGCGACAUUGCAUUAGAUCCCGUCUCGAAUGGAACACAGGGCGCGCAGAUGUUCCGUGAUCCUGGUGACUGGGGAGAUAUAGAUAGUAUGGAACUGGGAGAUCAUCUGUUAAUGGACAUUGAGCCAUUUGAUCAGGUGUUUUAUACGGUCGAAUGA